CAGGAGGACAGGCGGGGCGGAUGGAGUUCCCGGACUUGGGCAUCCAGUGUGCGUUGAAGACAUGCAAGCAACUGGACUUUCUCCCCUUUGUCUGCCCUGGGUGUGACGAGGCCUUCUGUGUCAAGCAUGCUCAUCCGCGACAGCACGAGUGUCCGCAGACCAAUGACGUUCCGAACCGAGUUGCCGCCAUGUGUCCCAUCUGCUCAGCUGUCUUUCCUUUAGAUCGUGCCGGUGAUGCUGAUGAGGUCAUUGAUGGCCACAUUGAUCGUGGCUGUCCACCUGAUGAGGGCUUUCGCCCAAAGGUCAUCGCCUGUGCCAAGGACGGAUGCAAGAAGAAGUCGUCCGAUCCCGUCGUCUGUCCGCUCUGUCAUCGCGGCUUCUGCGUCAAGCACAGACUGGAGUUUGAUCACGAGUGCGAGCGGAACCAGGCCAUUCUCGCAUCUAUCCGUGCGUCGGUGAGCAAGCGCAAGCGCAGGUGUGUUGUUUCGUGACAAGCGCAGAGCCAUCGCUGGUUACUCGUCGCGGUGCGCUCGGAGAUCGCAGUCGGAGCCGCAGCCGCAGAUGAAGGCCAGAAAUGUGGUCCCGUGCACGACGUCAUGGCCGGCGUGGCAUCCGUCCGCGCACGAGUUGCACACCUUGCGUUUGCAGCUCUUGCACUCGGACCACAGCUGGAAGAACCGCGUCUUGCCCUUGGAGCCGGCCGUGCAAAGGCCGUGCGAGAGCCGGGUCUCGGGUGCCAGCGAUGCCGUUGACGAGCCGCCGGCCGAGAGCGUCCGUCCACGGACGCGGUCCUCUACCCGCGAGACCACGCCCGAGGUGCGAACAACAAGGUCUCGCGACGCCAACGACCGCACCCCGGAACGGUCGAUGCCCACAACACGGACCCGGAACUCGCAGCCCGACGCCAGGCGCCGCAGCGUGUGAUGCGUCUCGCUCACCACGUCCUCGCCCUCGAUGUCAGUGUUGGCAAGCGACCACUGCAGUGCGUACUGGCUCGCACCAGCAAGCGGAGCCCAGGUAAACGAGAGCGACGUUUU